GAAAAAUGUUUUUUCCACCCUUUUUCUCUCCGUCACAUUAUUUCCUUUCUCUUUCUAGCGAAACAAACACACCAGUAGGGUCGAUAAGAUUAAGAAGGUAGCCGAAAGUAACAAACGCAACUAUCCGUCGGAUCAAGAUGGCGGCGGCGGCGGCGGGGAGUAAAGGGAGUGUGAGUUUAGAAGGAAAGAAUGUAAUAUUAGUCCCUUACAUGGAACACCACGUUCCGAAAUAUCAUCAAUGGAUGCAAAACCCUACUCUCCUUCAAGCCACUGCUUCCGAACCCCUUUCCCUUCAACAAGAGUAUCAAAUGCAACUCUCCUGGUCACUUGAUUCCAACAAGGAGACGUUUAUUAUAUUGGAUAAAGAUCUCAUUGUUGGAACCUUCUCUCACGGUCAACCCCAUCCUGAAGCUAUGGUUGGUGAUGUUAAUAUUUUCAUGAAUGACACGGAUAAUCCUCAAUUGGCAGAGAUUGAAAUUAUGAUAGCUGAACAAAUGAGUCGUGGCAAAGGACUUGGAAAGGAGUCUGUUCUGAUAAUGAUGGCUUUUGCUAUUGAGAAAUUGGGGAUCAAUAUCUUUCAGGUUAAAAUUGGAGAAUCAAAUGUAGAAUCGCUCAGCCUGUUCAAAAAAUUGGGGUUUGUGCAAACUUCACAUAGCAACAUUUUCAAAGAGGUGACUUUGGAGCUGCAAAUAACACAACCCAAGAGUGAAGAGAUGCUUGGUUUGAUUGGUACUGUGAUCAAACACACAUAAGCAACAUCAUGUUAAUAUUUUAUUUAUUGGUAAUAGAAUAAUCUCUUUUGUUGCUAUUCCUGGUUCAUGAAAAUGAAAUGCAACUUCAAGUUAGUUUACAAAUACAAGAUUAUGACACCAUUCUUCUAACUACUAUUUUGUCUUUCAUGUAUAAGAAUCUGAAAUCAAAAGUAAUAGAUUGAAAUUUGCAAUACUUC